UCUAAGAAGAAAAGCAACAACAGCUUGUCAGCCAUCUCGGUAGCUUGCUAGUCAACAUAGCGGAAACGUUCAAGUUCUUUAGACGCUUUCUGGUAUAUGAGCCACUCUGUUUUGAACACAUUUAUGUCGUUUAGAUAAUUAUCCAAUUUAAUUUCCUAUUUACGUUCAGCUAGCUGUCUCGUUAAGUUAGCAUUAGCCUAGCUAGCUAGCUGUCUCGUUAAGUUAGUAUUAGCCUAGCUAGCUAGCUGUCUCGUUAAGUUAGCAUUAGCCUAGCUAGCUAGCUGUUAGCUAACAUCCCCGACCAUGAGUUCACCAAGCUACUCGUCUCCUGUUGAAGAAGAGGAGGUCUGCUGGACGGAGAAAGAGGGUCUGGGGCUGAACGUUGUCGUGAAAGAGGAGAAGGAAGAAGAGGAUGUGACAGUAAAACAAGAAGUAGAGGAUGAGGCUGUUACCGUGAAAGAAGAAGAGAAAGACAUUUUAGUGAAAGAAGAGGAAGACGCGUUCAGAGUGAAAGAGGGUGAGGCUGUUACAGUAAAAGAAGAAGAGAAAGACGUUUCAGUGAAAGAGGAGGAAGACGCGUUCAGAGUGAAAGAGGAGGAGGAUGUUACAGUAAAAGAAGAGGAGAAAGAGAAAGAGGAGGAUGCCGUUUUUGGAGUGAAGAAGGAAGGAGAGAUUACUGUCACAUUGAAAGAUGAAGAGGAGGACACAGGCGAUCUGAUUAACACCAGAGAGAGACGUGACUAUCGUGGAUCCUCUGGGGAGCCUCAACAACAACAUGAUGCUGACGAGGCAGAGAAGAGUCCCUCCACAUCAGAACACCUCGAGAAACACCAGCGGAGACCCACAGGAAAGACACCUCACUGCUGCGCUGACUGUGGGAAGAGACUUACCUCUUCGGCAGACCUUAUAAGACACCAGAGAAUCCAUACAGGAGAGAAACCGUAUAUCUGUGAUCAGUGUGGGAAGAGUUUUAAUGUUCCAAGCAGCCUGAAAACACACCAGAGAACACACACAGGAGAGAAGCCUUACCACUGCUCUGACUGUGUAAAGAGAUUUGUUUCGUCAGGACAUUUAAAAUCACAUCAGAGAACACACACAGGAGAGAAGCCUUAUAUCUGUGAUCAAUGUGGGAUGAAUUUUACUACAUCUAGCCAGCUGACGUUGCACCAGAGAACACACACAGGAGAUAAGCCGUAUAGCUGUAAUCAAUGUGGGAAGAGUUUUGCUGCCUCAAGCAGCAUGACAGCACACCUGAGAAUACACACUGGCGAGAAACCUCACUGUUGCUCUGACUGUGAGAAGAGAUUCACCUCUUCAGCAGACCUUAAAAUACAUCAGAGAAGCCAUACAGGAGAGAAGCCUUAUAGCUGCUCUGACUGUGGGAAGAGCUUUUCAAAAUCAUCUAUAUUACAAUCACACCAGAGAAUUCACACCGGAGAGAAACCUUAUAGCUGCUCUGACUGUGGGAAGAGCUUUUCAAAAUCAUCUACAUUACAAUUACACCAGAGAAUUCACACUGGAGAGAAACCUUAGAGCUGUUAUCAAUGUGGGAAGAGCUUUACUCACUCACACAGCUUGAUAGUACACCAGAGAACACACACAGGAGAGAAACCUUAUAGCUGUACUCAAUGUGGGAAGAGUUUUAUUAAGUCUAACAGUCUGACUAGACACCAGAGAACGCACACAGGAGAGAAACCUUAUAGCUGUGCUCAAUGUGGGAAGUGUUUUACUACAUCUAGCCAUCUGUCUAUGCACCAGAGAACACACACAGGACAGAAUCCUCAUAGUUGAAAUCAAUAUGGGAAGAAUUUUACUCUGAUAUACACACAGGAAAUAAAUAAUGUAGCUGUGAUCAAUGUGUGAAGAGAUACUCUGGUAAAAUAUAUCUGAUCAAACAUCAGAAUAUACAGGAAGGAGUUGUUUUAUGAUGUCAAUGAAAUAAUGUCACAAUGUAGAAUGUUUUAACAUUGUAGAAGGAGUAUUUUAAUGAUGUCACAAUGUAGAAUGUUUUAACAUUGUAGUAGGAGUGUUUUAAUGAUGUCACAAUGUAGAAUGUUUUAACAUUGUAGAAGGAGUAUUUUAAUGAUGUCACAAUGUAGAAUGUUUUAACAUUGUAGUAGGAGUGUUUUAAUGAUGUCACAAUGUAGAAUGUUUUAACAUUGUAGUAGGAGUGUUUUAAUGAUGUCACAAUGUAGAAUGUUUUAACAUUGUAGAAGGAGUAUUUUAAUGAAUAAUGUCACAAUGUAAAAUAUAUAUAUUGAGUUAGAGAUCCUUCCUUGA